AUGGCCGCAUCUACCAGAACAGAGACGGACGCUUUCGGGCCUAUCGAGGUCGAGUCGGACAAAUACUGGGGUGCGCAGACACAACGGUCGUUGACCAACUUCAAGAUCAAUCAGCCUCAAGAUCGGAUGCCGCCUCAAGUGGUGCGGGCUUUUGGUAUUCUCAAGGGAGCGGCCGCUGAAGUCAACAUGCGAUAUGGCCUUGAUCCCAAGAUCGGGGAAGCUAUCAAGCAGGCUGCUGCCGAAGUGGCGGCCCUCAAGCUGAUCGACCACUUUCCUCUUGUUGUCUGGCAGACCGGCUCCGGCACGCAGUCCAACAUGAAUGCAAACGAGGUCAUUUCCAACCGAGCGAUCGAAAUUCUGGGAGGUCAAAUGGGCAGCAAGAAACCCGUGCAUCCCAACGACCAUGUCAACAUGUCGGCCAGUUCCAACGAUUCCUUCCCCACCGUCAUGCACAUUGCUGCCGUCCUUGAUUUCGAGGAGAGAUUGAUCCCAGCUCUGACCAAGUUGCGAGAUGCCCUGCAGAAGAAGGUCGAAGAAUUCGAGCACAUCAUCAAGAUCGGCAGGACUCAUUUGCAGGAUGCCACGCCACUGACGCUCGGGCAAGAAUUCAGCGGAUAUGUUGCACAGCUCGAUCGGAAUCUGGAGCGCAUCAACGCGACUCUCCCUCACCUGCGACAGCUGGCUCAAGGUGGUACCGCCGUCGGCACCGGCCUGAACACAUACAAGGGCUUUGCCGAAGGUGUCGCCGAAGAAGUCAGCAAGUUGACCGGCAUCGAGUUCAUCACUGCACCCAACAAGUUCGAGGUGUUGGCUGCUCACGACAGUAUUGUCGAGGCCUCGGGAGCCCUGAACACUCUUGCCUGCAGCCUUUUCAAGAUUGCGCAAGAUAUCAGAUAUUUGGGCUCGGGACCACGUUGCGGCUUGGGAGAGUUGAUCCUGCCCGAGAACGAGCCGGGCAGUAGUAUCAUGCCUGGAAAGGUCAACCCGACCCAAUGCGAGGCCCUGACCAUGGUUUCCGCCCAGGUCAUGGGUAACCACACUGCCGCCACUAUCGGUGGGAUGAACGGACAGUUUGAACUGAACGUCUUCAAGCCUCUUUUGAUCCGGAACCUGCUACACAGCAGCAGAAUCCUGUCAGAUGCCAUGGACAGUUUCGUGGAGCAUUUGGUUCUGGGCCUGAAGGCUGAUGAGAAGAGAAUUGGUACACUGUUGCAUGAAAGUUUGAUGCUGGUCACCUGUCUGAACCCCGUCAUCGGUUACGACAUGGCUUCCAAGGUUGCGAAGAAUGCCCACAAGAAGGGCCUGACCUUGAAGCAAUCGGCCAUGGAGCUCAAGGCUCUUUCGGAGGAGGACUUUGACAAGUAUGUCCGACCGGAACUCAUGUUGGCCCCGAAGGAGAAGAAAUAG